AUGAUGGCAUCAAUAGGGGAGUUCGAUCCGCUGAACAACAUCGUUCCUGCAACUAAAAUUGAAGUAACCGUGUCAUGCAGGGAUCUUCUGGACGUGGACACAUUUUCCAAGUCUGAUCCUGUGGUUGUGCUGUAUGUUCAAGGUAUCGGGACCAAAGAGUGGAUGGAGUUUGGCAGAACAGAGGUGAUUGACAACACGCUGAAUCCAAACUUUGUGCGGAAGUUUUUCCUGGACUUCUUCUUUGAAGAGAAGCAGAACCUCCGCUUUGAUGUAUACAAUGUGGACUCCAGAAGUUCAAAUAUUUCAAAAUUUGCUCUCUGCACUAAGGACUUCCUUGGUCAGACCUUCUGCACUCUGGGGGAGAUCAUUGGCUCCACGGGCGGACGGCUGGAGAAGAGUCUCUCUGGGAUUCCUGGGAAGAAGUUGGGGGCCAUUAUCUUUGCUGCGGAGGAGCUCAGUAACUGUAGGGACAUUGCUACCAUGCAGCUGUGUGCCAACAAGCUGGACAAGAAGGACUUUUUUGGGAAGUCUGACCCCUUCCUGGUCUUCUACCGGAGUAACGAAGAUGGAACGUUCACUAUCUGUCAUAAGACGGAGGUGGUUAAGAACACCCUGAACCCUGUUUGGCAGCCCUUCACCAUCGCAGUGAGGGCCCUGUGUAACGGGGACUAUGACAGAACGGUUAAAGUGGAUGUCUAUGACUGGGACAGAGAUGGAAGCCAUGAUUUCAUCGGUGAGUUCACCACAAGUUACAGAGAUUUCUCGCGUGGACAAAACCAGUUUAAUGUCUAUGAGGUUUUAAAUGCAAAAAAGAAGGGCAAGAAAAAGAAAUACAUCAACUCUGGCACGGUAACACUGCUGUCCUUCAAAGUGGAGUCAGAGUAUACGUUUGUGGAUUUCAUCCGAGGCGGGACACAACUCAACUUCACAGUAGCCAUCGACUUCACUGCUUCUAAUGGUAAUCCGUCUCAGCCCACUUCCCUCCACUACAUGAACCCGUACCAGAUGAAUGCCUACGCCAUGGCACUCAAAGCUGUGGGGGAGAUCAUCCAGGACUACGACAGUGACAAGCUUUUCCCAGCCUAUGGCUUCGGAGCCAAGCUGCCCCCCGACGGAAAGAUCUCCCACGCCUUCCCUCUGAGUGGUGACAAUGAAAACCCAAACUGUGUGGGGAUAGAGGGAGUGCUGGAGGCGUACUUCCUGGGCCUCAGAACGGUCCAACUAUACGGGCCCACCAACUUCUCUCCAGUCAUCAACCAGGUGGCACGGUCUGCACAGGAUGUGACAGAUGGCUCUCAGUACUUUGUGUUGUUGAUGAUCACAGACGGAGUUAUCUCUGACAUGGUGCAGACCAAGGAGGCUGUGGUCAAUGCAGCUGCUCUCCCUAUGUCCAUCAUCAUCGUAGGGGUUGGACCGGCAAAGUUUGACGCCAUGGAGGAGCUGGAUGGAGAUGAGGUCAGAGUGUCCUCCAGAGGGCGCUUUGCUGAAAGAGACAUUGUGCAGUUUGUUCCUUUCCGGGACUACAUGGACCAGUCAGGGAACCAGGUCCUGAGCAUGGCCCGGCUGGCCAAAGACGUGCUGGCUGAGAUCCCCGAGCAGCUUCUGGGCUUCAUGAAGACCAGAGGCAUCGAGCCCCGGCCUGCUCUCUCCUCAUCAGAGCUGCCCAAGCUCCACAGGCAUAUCUGACACCUAUCACUGUAGUGGGACAGCACCUCUCAACACUCUAACUGGGUCUACACACAUUUGUUGUGCACAUACACACACACACUUGACAUCUGUCUCAUCUCUUCAAACCCUAUGCCAUCUCAUUGCAAGUCGAUGGCCCCUCUCCCUAACUCUACAGCGCACAUACUGUAGCUAAACACAGUACAGUACAUACACACAUAGAAUGAGUCUAUGUAUACAUUGUGUAUUUGAACACAUAGGGGUGAGUAGAUAUAGCACCCAAUGCAAUACCCACAAGCACAGUGAUUUCUGAAGAGAAAGAAUACAUAUAACCUACUAUGCCAUGAUGUGACACAAUACAAAGUUCACAUGCAUAUGCAGAAGGGGGAGUUACAGACUGUGAAAGUUACUGAUGUAGAAUAUACAUAUCUAAGAAACUGAGAAACAAAAAGACUAUUCGAUUUUUCCUUUCAGCUCUGGAGUGUGUAUAUAUAUACAGUAUAUGCAAAGCAGCUUAGCCAUCAACUGAAUAUAAAACACAUAAACAACUGGACACAUUGCUUUCAGCCCAUACCUCCAAACCCACACCCUCUUACAUGAGGUUACUCUUUUUAUACACAUAAAUCUGCUUGAAUUACUGUAUCCUAUCCACUGGAAUGACAGGAAUACAUGCUCUCAUGUAACAAACAACAUGUUUUAUUUAUGUUGACUUUCUACUUCAUGCAGAUGUUGGAUCUUAAUUUGAUCACUCUUUGGUCGCAGAAAAUGUUCCUGCAUAUCAAGACAUUCAAAUGAGCC